AUGGCCUUCAACAAUCCUCGAAUUACUUUGUUUACGGUUAUAACGACAUAUAAUGUGACGAUAAAAAUGGGAUUUUCGAUUUUCAAAAUUAUUUGUCAUGGAACAAAGGGAGUUAUUACCGAUACUUCCUAUUACUAG